ACAGUCUGUAGCCUGAAUUUCAAUAUCAUCAUUGGAGUUGAUGAGAGCAUUGAAUAGUUGAGAUAGUGAGCAAUGAGAAACCAGGUAGCAUGUCAUCCUACAGGCAAACUGUAUCGAAGAAUGAAGCCUUUCUUUGCCGUUAUUUUCGUGCAAUUUGGGUAUGCAGGGAUGGUUAUCCUUUCUAAGGUUGCAAUGAAUGAGGGAAUGAGCAAUUAUGUGUUUGUUGUUUACCGCCAUGCUGUUGCCACUAUCGUCAUUGCUCCAUUUGCAGUGUUUCUGGACAAGGGAAAAAGACCAAAGAUGACUUCAGCAAUCUUCGGCAAAAUUAUACUUCUGAGCAUAUUAGAACCAGUUAUUGACCAGAACCUGUACUUUUUGGGGAUGAAAUACACAACAGCAACAUUUGCAACUGCCAUGUCAAACAUUCUUCCUGCCAUAACCUUUUUAAUUGCUUGGAUUCUUAGGAUGGAGAAGAUAAAGAUUAACACCAUUCAUAGCCAGGCCAAGGUAAUUGGGACUAUGACCACUGUAGCAGGGGCAAUGCUCAUGACACUAGUAAAAGGCCCACUUAUUGAGCUGGUUUGGACAAAAGAAAGAGGCAACCAAGAACUUACAACAAAUGGGGUAAAUCUGCAACACUCAAUUAAGGGAGCAUUGUUGAUUAUAGUUGGAUGCUUCAGCUGGGCAUGUUUCAUGAAUCUGCAAGCAAUCACACUGAGGACAUAUCCUGCGGAGCUCUCCCUUACAGCCUGGAUAUGCCUGCUAGGAACAGCAGAGGGAGCUAUGGUGGCACUUGUAAUGGAAAGAGGAAAAGCCAGUGUUUGGUCUGUAAACUGGGACACUAAAUUUGUUACAGCUCUCUACAGUGGGAUAGUCUGCUCGGGCCUCACUUAUUAUAUUCAAGGUGUAAUAAUGAAAGACAGAGGACCUGUUUUUGUAACAGCCUUCAGCCCACUGUGCAUGGUCAUUGUAGCCGUAAUGAGCUCCUUUAUUUUGGCUGAGCAAAUGUACUUGGGAAGGGUAAUUGGUGCAACUGUCAUAGUUGCAGGCCUAUAUCUAGUUGUAUGGGGCAAAAGAAAAGAUUACAAUCUGAUGUCCCCAUUAACUGAUGAGCAAAAACAACCAGCUAAGGAGAUGAUAGAUCAAGAGAACGAAGGAGUCGAAUUUCCAUGUCAUGAAAUCAUCAACAUCAAUGCACCUAAUGAAGGAUCUCAAACUGAGGAAAAGAAAUGCAAUAAAGCGAACCAGACACCAGUCUAGCUUUUGAAUUGUCUACAGGUUUGAGUUUAGCUGGUCAAGGAAAUAAGAAAUCCUGAAGCUCGCUUUCUAAAUCAUAUCCUUACCAAAAUAAUGCUUUUUGUUCAUAGAGGAAAUCUGAGCCUGGAAAUAAGGCAAGGCUGAAUGUGGAGCGGAUGAAGAAGAAAAAUUAAAAAAAUAUGAGGAAAUUUGAAGGAAAGAGAAACUUCAAAUUUUUGUUCACUUUAAACUUUGAAGACAGGAUGCAAUAUGGAGCUAAUGGAUUUGAGGAAUAAUGAUGCUUUUAAAGUUUUUAGAAGGUUAUAUUUAUGAGCCACUGUGCGUUGGUAAUUACUAAUUAAUAGCUCAAAAGACACCUCAGUGUGAUGCUAAACAACAUACAACAUAUUAAGCUUUUACACCACUAUGAGGAGUCAGCUACAAAAAUUAUAGCUUGCCAGUCAUUUCUAUCUAUAAUACCAUCUUCUAUAGACCCUUAGAACUCAAAUAUCAUAGCUAAGAGUCUCCCAACAAGUUUUUCUUAGUCUUCCUCUGCCUCUUUGAUUAGAUAUUUAUUUCAUUUCAGCUACUCUCCUCACAAGAAUCUCAAAUGUAUUUUUCUUACGUAAUCAAACUAUCUUAAUCAUGUCUUAAAUCAUUUAUCUUCAAUAGGAGCCACUUUAAUCUUAUCAUGAAUAAGCUCAUUAUUAAUCUUAUUUUUUCUUGUCUGGCCACACAUCUAUACAUCUUUGUAUCUAUUACUCUCAUAUUUUGAACAUGUAGGUGUUUUGCUGCCCAACAGUCUACAGCAUAAAACAAAACUAGCCUUGUAAACUUUUUCUUUUAACUUUAACAGGAUCUUACUACCAUACAAAAUGCCAAGUGCAUUUUUUCAUUUUAACUAUCAUCACUUAAUUCUAUAGUAACAUCCUCAUUAAUAUUCUGAUCUUUUUGGAUGAUUGAUACAAUACAUCUGAAUUGAUCUUUUCUUGACUUAUUUGCACUUUUAUCAUAACAUCCACACUUACAUUUUUAC